UCACAAAAUUCCAGCUUUCUGUUUUGUCUCUGAUUCCAACAGAAAAAUGAAGUAUUUCAUUCUGCUCUUUGUUGCCACACUGACACUGUUCCAACUCUCAUCUUGCCAACUCUCGGAAAGUUAUUACAACCUCAGCUGCCCUAACCUGGAACCGAUUAUACAGAGUGAAUUCAGGAAACUGUUCUUCCUGAAUCCGACUGCACCUGCAGCACUUCUGAGGUUACUUUUUCACGAUUGUAUGGUGAGGGGAUGCGAUGCCUCUGUUUUGCUGGACUUUGACAACUCGGAGAUUAAGUCAGCAAAAAAUUAUGCGAUAAGAAUGCAGGACACAAUUGGCGAAAUUAAAUUAUUAGUAGAAGAUGAUUGCCCAGGAGUAGUGUCAUGUGCAGAUCUAAUUGUAUUAGCUGCUCGCGAGUCUGUAAUUCAAACUGGAGGACCCCGAAUUCAGGUCCCACUGGGAAGAAAAGACUCCACAAACAUCACCACUUCCUUGGACGCUGAUGCUAAGAUUCCUCCACCCUCACAGAAAGUUGAUGACUUUAUAUCUGAUUUCACAUCUAAAGGAAUGAGCAUUGAAGAAGCUGUUGCCAUUUUAGGUGGACAUACACUUGGUGUUGGACACUGCAAAAACAUUGUUGGAAGGUUGAAUGACCCCGCUCAAUGGAACCCCACAGAUUUCGUGUAUGAAACCAUUCUAAGAAUAAGGUGUCCACUUGAUAAUGAUUUCUAUAACUCCGUACCAGCGGUGCCUCUUGACCUGACCCCCGUGUGUUUUGACAACCAAUAUUACACAGACAUUCUGGGGGGGAGAGGCGUGUUUGGUAUUGACUCCAUGGUUGCCAAAGAUCCACGAACAUUACCUUUUGUCACUAAUUUUUCUCAGGAUCAGAACCACUUCUUCGAGGUUUUCUCUUCUGCGUUUAUUAAGCUUGCUACUGCUGAUGUUCUCACAGAUGGCCAGGGUGAGGUCCGAGCAAUAUGCAGCAAGUUCAAUAAUUAAACUAGUGAAUCCUGCUGUAAUAGCUAGUAAAAAAUAAAAUCAAGUAUAUAUAAGUAUUUAGAAAAUAAAAAGCUCAAAGUUAUAAAAAAUGAAAGGAUUAAUUAAGGAGCAUUAGUUUGAAUUAAGACCUAUUAUGUACUUUGGCUUGUAGGAAUCAAGAUUAACAGUUAUGUACUUGUUAUUGGAUUCCUUAUCUAUAUAUUAAUUAAAAAUAUAAUGAAGGAUUAUUGAGUGAAAAUCAUCUGUCUUUGGCCUC